CUCAUUUUUUUCUUUUCCCUUUCAAAACGGAUCUUGAAAGUUGGUCUUGGUCUUGGUCUUGGCGUUCCCGCCUAAACCUUGUAAACAUGGCCAGCGAGGAGGCGAUGGAGGUGGCGGAGGCUGCCCCUAAAAGCUCUGCACCCUCCACCACUGCCAAGACAACACACGUGCCAUGGAUUGAAAAAUAUCGGCCUACAACUUUUCCAGAAAUUGUUGGAAAUGAAGAAACUGUGGCAAGACUGGAAGUGUUUGCAAAGAAAGGAAAUGUUCCAAACAUCAUCAUUGCUGGGCCACCUGGUGUAGGCAAAACAACUACAAUAUUGUGUUUAGCACGAGCCCUUCUUGGUCCAAGCUUUCGAGAAGGAGUGAUGGAACUCAAUGCUUCUAAUGACCGUGGGAUAGAUGUUGUCCGCAACAAAAUUAAAAUGUUUGCUCAACAGAAAGUUACACUCCCCAAAGGAAAACAUAAAAUUAUCAUCUUGGAUGAAGCAGAUAGCAUGACUGAUGGUGCCCAACAGGCCUUGAGAAGGACCAUGGAGAUAUAUUCUAACACAACCCGGUUCGCCUUGGCCUGCAACUCUUCUGAAAAGAUCAUUGAGCCAAUCCAGUCACGCUGUGCAAUGCUGCGAUAUUCAAAACUAUCUGAUACUCAGGUCCUUAGCAAGCUGCUGCAUGUGUGUUCUAAAGAGGAUUUAAGUUAUACAGAUGAUGGCAUUGAAGCCAUACUCUUUACUGCCCAAGGAGAUAUGAGACAAGCUCUUAACAACCUUCAGUCUACUGCACAAGGCUUUGGCCAUGUAAACUCUGACAAUGUGUUCAAGGUUUGUGAUGAGCCACACCCAGUGCUCAUUAAGGAAAUGAUCAUGCAUUGUGUUGGAACCUGCUAUGAUGAUGCUUAUAAGAUUCUGGCUCAUCUAUGGAAGCUGGGUUAUGCCUCUGAAGACAUCAUCACAAUUAUGUUCAGAGUAUGCAAGAACACAGAUAUGGGAGAAUUCAUCAAAUUAGAAUUCAUUAAGGAAAUUGGCUACACCCAUAUGCGCAUUGUUCAGGGAACUUCUUCACUACUCCAGCUUUCAGGGCUGCUUGCCAAGUUAUGUUCUAAGGCUAUGGAAACUAAGAAUGAGUAGAUCUUUGCUAUCGUGGAAAGUGAAAUUUUAUCUUUUAUUACUAAAUACUUAUGUUAAUUAUCAUUCCAUAUGAUACUAUUGUAUAAUUCACAGUUUAAUGAUUUAAGCUUGAAGUCAGAAGACCAUUAUUUUCAUGAAAUGGAAAAAAAAAAGUAAUGAGUAUCACCAUCAGUCACUCAGAAUAAGUUUUCUUGAGAGAUAUUUCAUGUGACAAAACAUUUCUCAAUAAUAAUUAGUCCUGCUACGAAAGGGAUAGUGCUUUUUUAAGGUUACCAGAAAACUAAUUCUUGUAGAUCUUGCUCACCUUUUUUUUUUUGAGGUCAUCUUAGAAUCUGCCAACUGUAUAAGAAAAUCUUCCAAUCUUGUGGUUUAUUUUGAAAGAUGCUAUACUUACACAUGAAGGGAUGGGAAGAGAAGGUUGAAAAACUAAAAAGAAUUAAAAUAUUUUAUAUA